ACAACAAAACAAAUAGAACUAAUUACCUAGGACGCGCUUUAAUUGGCUCGUUGAGUAAAAAGUAAUACGAUUUUAAAGAUGGCUGACAUAAGCAUUGUGCGCGAGGCCGAAUUACGCAAAAAGGAAAUCUGCCGCUUCUGUCUAGUGCAACAAAGCAAACUUGCCUCAAUUUACGUAGAAAACACACGCAUAAAGUCAACCGCGUCGCUGCCGCUGCAAAUAAUGGCCAUAACAUCCAUAGAGGUCCAGAGCAACGAUGGAAUGCCCAGCUUUAUCUGCCUGGACUGUCGUCUACUCUUCGAGCACUGUUACCGUUUUAAACAGAUGUGUAAAAAUGCGGAGACUCUACUCCGCCAAUAUCCGCUUACUGGCAAAUGGCCAGAGCCACUGGAGAAGCCGCGUGCCCCGCUGGUGGCCAAUCAAACGGUUGCAGUUAAGAAGGAACAUGCCGAAGCGCAGCCCAAAAAACUGCUUAAUUCCAUGGCCAAGUCCAACAAUGUGCAAAUUGAAAGCGUACAGGUUUUGGAAACGAGUUCUCUUACCAAAAAGCUACUCAAUACGGGUGCAGUGAGCUCUGCUGAGCCGCCGAUUCCGCCAAGAGGAUCUCCCGCAAAACGCCAACCCUCAAAGUCAUAUCAGAUGAAAGUGGAGAACAACCAGGAACUAUCCAUGGACGAUGUGCACAAUCUGUUAGCUGAUAUGGCUGAAGAACUGGAUGAUCUGGACAACAUAACACCAGCAGCUGUAACGACGCCUUCGGCUGGCAAACCAAAAGUACUCAACAAAUCGUCGAUGCGACUGCUUAACAAAGGUGCCAGCACCACCGUGGAACCACGCCUGGCCACGCCUCAAAUAAAGCACUACGAGGACGGAAAUGUGGCGCUUGUUACGGAAAUACUUGAUCCCGAUGCAGUUGAUGCGGCUGCGGAUCCAAUUAAAAAUGCUGCGCCCGUGGCGACUAACGUCUUUCCGUGUCCACAUUGCGAUCGCUCAUUUCCACUGAUGCAGCUGCUCGACAUACAUGUUGUGAACCACACACGUACGCGUAGCUUUCAGUGCCCGGAGUGCGACAAGAGCUUCUUCUCCAAGUACGAUCUGCAGAAACACAACUUUAUACACACGGGCGAACGUCCCUACAAGUGCAGCGUCUGCGAAAAGGCGUUCACGCGUCGCGCCCUGCUGCAUCGCCACGAACGAACUCACACGGAUGUGCCCAAGUUUAUUUGCCUUUACUGCGAGAAGCCGUUUAUUUCGCGCAAGGAGAUGGAAAAGCAUGCCGAGCGCCAUACCAAAAAGCGGCCUUUCCAGUGUGGCGUAUGCCAGAAAGCGUUUGCCUUCAAGCAGGGUCUGGAACGCCAUGAGGUCAUACAUAGCACCAAUCUACCAUUCUCUUGCCAGUACUGCAGCCGGAGCUUUGUGACCGCAGGCAAGUUGGCCCGUCACCUGGUUGCGCACGCCGGCAAGCGCGUCUAUCCCUGCAAGUACUGCUCCAAGUCAUAUCUGCUGUCACAUCAUUUAUCGCGGCAUUUGCGCAUGCACAAGCAGGCUCCGGCGGCCUCAUUCACCUGCAGCAUUUGCAAGGAUACGCACCAAACCUAUGACAGUCUGGUGGAUCACUCGGCCAUUCAUGCGGGCAUCUCGCUAGUCUGUCCACUGUGUCAGGCGAGCAUCGCUGACUUGGACAGCCUGGAGCCGCACAUGGAGGCGCAUAAGAAGAGCGAAAGGCACGCGUGCGAGUUUUGUGAUUUUAUUUUCCUUAGCUCGAGCCAAUUGCAGAAGCACAUCGAAGACGACCAUGUGGUUGACAUGGUGCCCUAUCAGAAUGAAGGUGAAUUUGAGCAGGGGGUCAACAAAGAGGAGGAUGUCGCAGAGGAGUCCGAAUUAAUGGAGGAAUUGCUAGGCGAUGAGCCAGAGUCGCCAUCAAAUAAAUCUGCAUCGCCAACUCAAGCAAAAAUACGCAAACUAAAUCCGAUCCCUAAAUUGGAAGAAAGCGACAAAAUCAAACAAGAGUCUAAACCCAAGAUAAUUAAAGAUGAGCCGAUUUCACCAGAUAAUUUAAAAAGAGCCCGAACCUCAAAAUCUCCAGCCGCUGCGUCCGUCUCACCGGAAAGCAAACGCCAGACGCGCAGGCAAGAUACCAAAGAAAAAACUCAGAAGCCAAGCGAUUCAGGUAAAAGAUUGACAAAGAAGGUUAUUGCAGACCAGGGCAAACUGAGCAGCAAGCCAAGGAACGCUAAGGCCGCCAGUUCAAAGCAUCAAAGCACCAAGUAGAUUUCGAACUAAGAUGUCAUCUCUGAGCCUUAGUACCGCUGGACUCCUGAAACAGCUGCGUUUAUGAUAGUUAACAGAUUUGUGAAUUCUUCAUUUUGCAAAUGUAGAAAUGUUUCUGUCUUUGAUACAUUUAAGAGUUGAUAUAUCAAUAGCUCACA